AUGGUCGUUUUCUCCCCCUCCCUUCACUUCCAGGACCGAAACGAGUAUUUCCGGCUCGAGCUCGCCUCUCUCCCCGACGCGUGCAGCGUAACCAGCGAGGCCUACAAGCAUGUGCCCAUCGAUGCGUUCGGUCGCGCCAGUCUUCUCGGCAUGGGUUGGGACGGAAAAAACAACGUCGAUCCCUCCGUCUACGAAAUCAACAUCCGUCCCGAGCGGCUCGGACUCGGCGCCAUGCCCGUCGUCAUGAACCAACACCCCCACAAAACCGCGGUUAAAAAGUCCCUCCUCGAAAAACGAAACGGUCACGUGUACACGGGGAUCCACAAAGAAUGGCAGGCCGACGACGCCUUCGCCAAAGGCACGCAGAUCGGCGUGAAAACCGGCGCCUUGGAAGGUGCGUUCCCCGCGGGGAUUUCAUGA